UGUCUACAUAGAUAUUAUUGUAUGAUCAAAAGUUCUGUGUUCGUCGUUUGGACAAAGUGCUGUGACUCGGGAAGAUGGAAUUGCGCAGAUUUCCAUUCAUGUCCGUUCUACAUUGUGCAAUCACGUGUUCGAUACUUUUUACGCAUGAAGCCUCGGGCAAUGAGAUCGCUAGAAGCGGCAAAAAUCAACUGAGUAACCUGAAGUUCACGACUGACCUUUAUUCGCGCUUGAACCGAGAGAAACCGGAUGGCGAAGUUUUCUUCUCGCCAUUCAGUAUUUCCCUGGCUUUGGCAAUGUUGAAUGAAGGAGCAAAAGGAAAUUCAAGCUCUCAAAUCCGCAAAGCUUUGGGUCUUGCCAAAGAUGAUCUGGCCGUUCGGAACUCUGUUAAAACGAUCCUACAAUCCAUUGAGAGCGACAAGGACAAUGUUACUCUCGAUAUCGCAGCGAAAUUAUAUUCGGCGAAGAAUGUAGGAAUCAACGAAGCCUUCAAUGAAACUCUCGCAAACCACUACGAGACUAGUAUCGAACACUUAAAUUUCUGGGACUCGGAAACCGCGAGAAAACGUAUCAAUGACUGGAUAGAGUCGCAGACUCAUCAGAAGAUUCAAGAUCUCCUACCACCGGGUUCCGUGAAGAUAGGUACAAUGAUGGUGCUGGCGAAUGCGGUUUAUUUCAAGGGUGAAUGGUCGCAAAAGUUCGACAGAGCAGCGACAGCGACGGGGAAUUUUUUCGCGUCAUCAAAGGAAAUUGUCGAAGUUGACAUGAUGCGAGUGACGGCUGAUUUUCCAGUCAUGGAAACGGAUCAAGCAUAUGUGAUAGAUUUACCUUACACAGGAAAGAAAGUUUACAUGACGCUGAUUGUGCCAAAGCAAAGACGCGGGCUUUCAACGAUAGAGAAAAACUUGACGGAAACAAAAUUGAAGGAUUUUUUGCAAGGCCAUCGAGAAUCCAAGACCGUGAAUUUGAUACUGCCGAGAUUCAAGAUUGAAUCGUCAUUCAAGUUGCGAAAGUUGUUAUCGGAGGCAAGUGUCGGAAUCACCGAUAUUUUUAGUCCAUUGGCCGCCGAUCUCAGCGGAAUUUCAAACACAUCCUUGUUCUGCGAUGAAGGGUACCACAAGGCUUUAAUUGAGGUGAAUGAAGAAGGUGCUGAAGCUGCAGCAGCUACAGUGAUUACCUUGAUUGAGUUGUCGAGUUUUGAUACCUCCUUGGAUAUAACCGUGGAUCAUCCUUCGCUCAUUGCUAUUCAACACGUGGACUUGGUCGAGCCGUUGUUUUUCGGUCGCCUGAGAGUGCCAAAAACUCCUGCUGAGUCGAUAAAUGCUCCUCAGAAGGCAUCAGACCCUGCUUCCCCCUCUGAAAUCCCGGAAUCUACCGAAACGACGCCGAUUGAGAAUGACACAACAACCUGGACUUCGGAUUUGUCUGACAUUUCGACUACCACCGUCAACCCAGGACAUGAAAAUGUAACGGAAAAAUCGAAUGAUGCUGAUCUCAAAGUAAAAACGCAGGAUUCGGAAAAGAAUCACGAGCAGAGUGUGACUGAAAAGGCGGAUCCUGCUUUGCUACUAAAGUUGAAGAAGUUGGUUGCUGGACCAAACCUGGAUUCGAAUGGGAAACCUCAGAAAUCAAAGCCUCCAUCGCGCAAAAUGCCCGGCAAAACACAGCAAUGUGCCUUUAUUUUUCUCAGUUCGUUUCUCGCUGCUCUCAUUCUUGGAUCUACUUCUUCGGCGAAAGUUUCUCAACCACGAAUUGAGUUGAGUGGGUUGAAAUUCACUACAGAACUCUACUCGCUUCUGAGGCAAGACAAAGCGGGUGGCGACGUUUUCUUCUCACCAAUGAGCAUUUCAACCGCAUUGAUAAUGUUGAACGAAGGAGCUCGGGGUACUUCAACAACUCAAAUUCGUUCGGCUUUAGGAUUGUCAAGUGAUGAUCAAAAGAUCCGUGGGUCAUUCAAAUCGAUAGUGGAUCGAAUUCAGAAUAAUAAAGGUAACGUGACGCUCGACCUUGCCGUUAAGCUUUACGCCAACGCCAACGAUUUUCGCCUGAAUCAAACGUUCAACGACACUUUGGUGAAGGAAUACAAUGCGGAAAUUGAUGUCUUGGAUUUUUCGAACUCUGGAGCAGCUGUGAAUCAAAUUAAUGACUGGGUCGAAAAGGUGACCCAUGACAAGAUUCAAGACCUUAUGCCGCCAGGCUCGGUAAAUGAGGAAACGAAGCUGGUUUUGGCGAAUGCAGUUUAUUUCAAAGGCGAAUGGGCGCAAAAGUUUGAGAAAGCCGUGACCACGAAAGGGAAUUUUCACGUCUCUCCUUUGCAAACGAUCACCGUUGAUAUGAUGAGGAUCAUGGAUGAAUUCUUCGUGGUGGAAAUGGAGGACGCUUACGCAAUUGAUCUUCCGUACGAAGGAGAAAAAGUUUUCCUGACGAUAGUUGUUCCUAAGGAACGAGAUGGUUUGUUGGACAUCGAAAACAAGCUGAACGACACACUUUUGCACGAGUAUUUGUGGGGUGGACGAAGGAGAAGUCGAAGAGUUCGUUUGAUGAUGCCGAAGUUCAAGAUUGAAUCGUCUUUCGGUCUACGAAAAUUUUUGCCCGAGAUUGGAAUUUCCGAUGUGUUUAAUCCGUCGUCGGCAGACUUGAGCGGGAUUUCGAGCGACCCACUGUUCGUGGAUGAAGGAUUUCACAAGGCCUUUAUCGAGGUCAACGAAGAGGGCGCUGAAGCUGCUGCAGCAACAGUUCUGACCCUGGUGCCGUUGUCGGCAAUCCUGGAUUUUUCGCAACCCCUCGAGAUUAACGUGGAUCAACCUUCGCUUAUCGCAAUCAAGCACAAAGACAUUCAAGAGCCGAUAUUCUUCGGUCGACUCAGCGCUCCCGGCAUUCACGACAAAAAGACACCGGGAAAAUCCGCGCCAAGAACCCCUGCGAUUCCCGCACGUGUCGACGGGAAAAAGCCGAACUAA